CGUCCGUCGCGAGCAGGAGUACCAGGAGGUUAACGCCAGUCUUGUGCCUCUCCUUCAGGAGCUGUGAACACCCCUUAUACCUGACGCUGAGACCUCUACCUCACCUCCCAGAACACGGUGACGAGUGCUACUGGGGGACUCAUUGGUUACUCAGGCGGUCGAGUGACGUUCUAAGGUGGUAGAGGAGGAGGUGAAGGAUAUCCUUGAGGAGUGUGUGGAAGGAGUUCCUUGAGAGAGUGUGUUGUGAGGGGGCUGGAGGAGGUGCUGCAGGAGGCGUGGAGAAGCAGGACGCCGCCAGGGGCAUGGCCUGAAGGACGGCGCCGCGAGUGGGCUCUACAAUCUCCUCUCUGCUCCUCCUGCUAUCUUCUCUUCUGUAUAGAGAAAUGUUUCAGUGUUUGGUAAAGUUCAUCUGCCGACCGCCCUCGUUCACUCGAGUCUGACACUAUCGUCUCCUCGUCAUCUGGGAACAUCAUCGCUGCCAAAAGUUACCGCAUCUGACCUACAUGAACAACCACAUCCGCCCUUAUUAGCUCUACAUAAGUUAAACUUCCCCCUAUCCCUAAAACACUUACCACGACCCUACUAUCCCACUAGCCUAGCCCUACACAUGGUUUUAUCCUUCAAGCACGUACUCUCUCUACCCUUAACUUCACGUACUGGCUCCUCCACCCAUCGUCCCACCAGACUCUAAACUCCCUUCCCCUUUUACAUAGUCCCCGAACCUUCCCACACUCCCCCACCAUGAGUCUGGAGAGGCUGGGCCCGUCGUCUCGGUACGUGGACUACACUCAGCCGGGCCCCAGCGGGUACCGGGGCGCCCCCUCCGUCAGCAGCUACGAAUACGCCCCGGAGCGGCCGCCCCGCAGGGAGCGGGGAGACCGGAGCAGGUCGAGGUCAAGAGACCGAGAGUCCUCCAGCAGGAAUGGCUACUCCGGCAGAGAGGUAUAUUACAACCCUGGGUUGGUGGAGGAGCGAGCUCCCAGCGACCGAGCAGAAAGCGAGUUCACGGUGAGGAAUGAGGCGGUGAUCAACCCGCAGCUAGAAGAGGAGGAGCGGCGGGCGGCCUCCAGGGCAGCCUCUGAGAUCUAUGCCUCCACCAGGAUUCCUAGACCUCACUCCGAGAUCAGUCAGUAUUCUUACCGGACAACUGGAGGCCACAGUGACAUGGUUAGCGUGAAGACCAAGACGACGAGGGGUGGGAAACUGGUGAUGGAGACAAUGACUGCACCUCAUCCCUGCUGUCCCAACACCAAGAGUGUCUGCUGCCUCAUGGUCCUCCUUAACCUGGGCCUUCUCCUCAUCACCCUCGGCUUUGUUGUCGUUCUUCAGCUGUACGACCCUGCUUUUGUCUGGUAUAUUGGUUUGUGUAUGCUUAUCUUCGGUUUUAUGGUACUGUUUGGCUCUCUCAUCUACUGCGUGUUUGUGUGUCGGGAGAUAGAGAAGAUGCGACCACCGCCAGGAGAACUCUACUGGACAAACCACUGGACCAAGCAGCUCAACAUGCCGGAGAUACACUACACCAAUACUCAAUAUAAACCAACAGAUUACAAAGGCUCAGAAUAUUCCUUUAAAACUGAACCAAGCAGAACAACUGCCACUAGCCAGCGGUACUGAGGGAUCGGGCAUUUGUCUUCGAUGGUUCUGCCAGUGUACAUUAGCUACAUGGGGAAGAUGCUGGGGAUACGUCACACAAUGGGUUAUUUUAGUUAUUACUUGUUGUGUGUGGCAUUUGUAUUGUAGUGUGUUUCAUGUAGGUUGGUGGAAUAUCUUCAUAAGGAUUUAAUUGUAUUAAUACAACCACUGUACAGUAUCACAAAGCUAUUUUAAAAACAUAUGCAAACAAAACAAAAAAAUUUAAUUUUCAUGCUUUAUUUAUAUAUAGUAUCAAUUAUUAUAAAGCUAAGAGACUUUUUGAUAAAGUUCAAAUUCUAUAAAGCCAGGACAAAAACUCAAAAGGUUUUUGCAUUAGAAAUACUUUGCACUUUAUAACUCAUACAGAAUUUAUAAAUAUAUCAUAAUUAUAUAUUAUUUAUUUUAAUGAGCAGCAUAAAAAAUCAAUUGCAAACCUGAGAAAGUUUUUUUAUCAAACUUUAUUAUGGAAGCCCAGUAUCACUGGCUAUUGUCAAUUAAGAAAAGAAUGCAUGUAGACCAACUAUUUAUAUUAUAUUUAAAAUUUAUAAAUACCAAUUAUAUAAUUAAUACAAAAUUAAAUACCAAUUUGGGUAUCUCCACAGUUGUAUAAAUCUGAUGAUUGUUGGACAAGCUUUAAUUGACAAUAAGAAAACAUAAAUUCCUUCAAGAUUACUUACUAGUCAAAAGUGGGUGCCUGUAUCAGUGGCAAAUGUUACUAGUUGCCCUGUGCUUUCUUAUGUAAUAUCUGUAUAAAUAAUAUUGUUAGAAAUAAAACACUUGAGGGUUUUAAGUAAAUUGAAGAGCAAACUUUAAUGAUAGAGGAAUGCUUUUGAAGUUGCUGCAGGUGUUAGUGAUGUCAUAGUGCUCUGCUGCAGGUGUUAACCAUCUCGUAAUGCUCUGCUGCAGGUGUUAACCAUGCCACAAUACUCUGCUACUGUACAAGUGUUAGUGAUUUCAUAAUGCUUGCAUCAGGUGUUAGUGAUGUCAUAAUGCUCUGUUGCAGGUGUUAACCAUGUCAUAAUGCUCUGCUGCAGGUGUCAACCAUGUCAUAAUGCUCUGCAUAUUGUGCCAUAUUAGAUAUUCAAGCUUGA